UCUCUAAUAUGAUCUUUUCUUCCUCUUUUUUCCAUUUUUUUUUUUUGAGAGUGUGAAUUUUGGUGCCCGUGGAGAGUUCCAAAGGGAUCGCAUUGAUCCAACGUUCGUCUCGUUUUGGCUCGUUUCGCCUCAUUGACGAGGUCGAAGUUGAUUCUCGAUUGUUUAUUGGAUCAUGCGAUCUCUUAGGAAUCUUCCAUUAGUAGCUCUAAAACAUGUACUACUAAUAUUCGUUUAUUAGAUCCAAGGUUCUUUUUGUCUCACUCCAUUAACCACGUUCAAGUCGAUUCCCGAUCGUUUAUUGGAUCGUGCGAUCUCUUAAGAAUUUGUUGUUUAUACGAUGAAUUCUUCAGAUCAAAACUAACCGAUUACAGAACAUCGUCGAAACAGAGUAGGACAUCGAAUGUUGUAGUGGACUCAACAAAAAAAUCCUCUGAUUCUCCUAUGAUUGUCAACCCGACACUCACAAGCUCCAAGAUUUGCUCCGAUGCUAGUUGCUUCAGAAUUCGCUUUCAUGUCGACUCCUCCCGCUAGUGGUGGUGUCGAUUUCUCCAAUAUUCACUUUGAUGUUAAUUAUUGUCGUAGGAUUUAUAAAUAUAUGAAUUUAAAAUAUAAAUUUAAGGAUUAAAUGUUAAACUUAGGGGUUCUAUCUAAAAUUGAAAUCCAUGAGAGUAGGACUUGUUAUGGGGCAUUGAUUUAUAAAGAAGCCCAAUUAGAAUGAGAAAAGAUAUCGACAUGUAGUUAAACCCAUUCGCAUAAACCUCGCCGUCAGAUUCGUUGAAAGAACCUCUUCGGGAAUUCGCCGGAGCCGAUAAACUUCCAAUUAUCAGGUGAAGAUGGUGAGCCGGAGGCAAAAGCUUGCCCGGAAAAAGUACAGAGAAGAACACCCAGAAUUGUUCCCGAAAGCAGAACCAACGCCACCAAAAGAUCCGGAGAAGAAGAAGAAGAAGAGUGAAUUCAAGCGCAAAAAGGGAGAAUCGGAUUCAAGGAACGACCCGAAUAAACCACACAAAAAGGGAUUUAAGAAACACCCUCUCAGAGUUCCUGGGAUGAAGCCUGGUGAAAGCUGCUUCAUCUGCAAAGCUAAAGACCACAUCGCUAAGUUUUGCCCUGAAAAGGCUCAAUGGGAGAAGAACAAGAUAUGCUUACUUUGCCGGAGACGAGGCCACAGCCUCAAGAACUGCCCCGACAAAACUGAAGACACAGUGGAUAAGAAGUUAUGCUAUAAUUGUGGUGAAACAGGACAUUCACUAGCUAAUUGUCCACAACCUCUUCAACAUGGGGGAACUAAAUAUGCCAAUUGCUUUAUUUGUAAUGAAAGUGGACACUUAAGCAAGAACUGCCCAAAGAAUACUCAUGGGAUCUACCCUAAGGGUGGUUGUUGUAAAACUUGUGGGGAAGUGACACAUUUAGCUAAGGACUGUCCAAAAAAAGGCACCCAAGUUUAUGCUGGGCCUGGUGUAUCUAGUAACAGAUCAUCUGGAUAUGUGGAAAUGUCGAGACGACCAGAAACGAGGCUCGUCAGUGGUGACGACCUCGAGGAUGACUUCAUGGUCGAGGAAGAUAAUUUACAGAUCAAAGAUGCGAAACUCGGAAAUAAAAAGGGUCCCAAAGUUGUGAAAUUCAUGGAUUGCAUGAAAGGUGGCAUAGAAAAAUGUGGAGAACACAAUAUUAGGCAUUCAAAACAAUUCUCAACCUUAGUUUUGUCCCUCAAAUUACUCCUCUUUUCCUCUUUAAUCUCAUCUCAUCUCAUCUCUCCCCCCAAAAUAAGGAUCUCUCCCUCUCCCUCUUCAUCUCUAACAUUUCUCUUCUCUUCUCUCUUUCUUUCACUCUUCUCCUCCAUUCCCCUCUCUCACACAUUCAUACACAAUAUGGCGAACGCGGCAUCUGGAAUGGUUGUGAGAGAUGAGUGCAAGCUCAAGUUUUUGGAGUUAAAAACAAAGAGGAACUAUCGUUUCAUUAUAUUUAAGAUCGAGAAUCAAGAAGUUGUUGUGGAGAAACUUGGAAGCCCUACAGAAACCUAUGACGAUUUCACUGCUGCUAUUCCUCCUAACGAGUGUCGUUAUGCUGUCUUUGAUUUUGACUUCACCACCGACGAGAACUGCCAGAAAAGCAAGAUCUUCUUCAUAGCAUGGUCACCCGACACAUCGAUCGUGCGAAAUAAGAUGGUGUAUGCAAGCUCCAAGGACAGAUUCAAGAGGGAAUUGGAUGGGAUUCAGGUGGAAUUGCAAGCCACUGAUGCAAGCGAAAUGAGCUUCGACAUAAUCAAAGCUCGAGCCUUUUAA